AUAUAUAUUUCUGUGGGUUAUUUGGUUGUGUUUAGUUUGUGGUAAAAUGCUAAAACAGAUACUGUUCACUUGUGGAGUAUUCAUAGUCAUUAGUCAGUGUCAAUCUGAUUUUCAUGUGUGUGUAGCUUUACAUAAUGAAGUGGCUUUUGAAUUUGAACUGGUAUGGUCUUCUUUGUUCUUUUUCUAAAUUUUCUGUAGCAUCGAUUGAGCUCUAAUGAAUCCGUGUUUGAUUCUACUGUGUAUAUUCCACUUGAGAAUCCCCAAAUUUUGAACCCAGUUACUGUUGGUUCCUAUUCCUCAUGUCAGUCAUGAAUAUCAGCUUAAUGGAGCCAAUCUACAAGUAAUACUCCACUCCAGUCAUAUCACCAGGUUGUAGACCCCGGUCUCAUUUGUUGCUUUUAGGCAUUUUUGCACUAUAAUGAAUCAAUCAAAAUCAGAUAAAAGGAAGAAGAGAAUCAGAUUUGCGGCAAGAAUUAUCGAGCUGAGAGAUGGUGAAAGCGGUAGUUUUGACAAUUUGAGUAACAAAAAUGAAAGGGGUAUAUUUUGUAAAUGGGAAGUGUAAAUUUGGUUAAUCAUUUUUUCUUCUUCUGUUACUUGAUGUUCUUGAAGAAAGAAACAAAACUGAUCUUAGUGAUUGAUAAAAAGCUGUCUAAAAGUAAAAAGUAGUAGCUUUAGUAACUAUCCCUUUUGGAUGCGUAAUUCUGCUGAGAGAAUCGUCCCUAUUUAUAGAGAAGCCUGUGCCAGUUUAUCAAGGGUUAUGAUUCAAUUGCGAAAAAUAACCAAAGUAGCUAGCAUUGAAAGAAAGAUGGCAGAGUUUCUUACUUUUGCUGCCCAGGGAAUACUGACAAGGGUGGCUUUACUUGCCGAACAAAAUUUCAGCCUUUUAUGGGGAUUCAAAGGAGAACUUCAAAUACUGCGUGAUUCGUUAUCCCUGAUUCAGGCUAUGUUACGAGAUGCUGAACAACGACAAGAUCGGGCUCCUGAGGUGCUGAAAAUCUGGGUGAAGAAACUUGAAGACAUAGCUCAUGAUGCGGAUGAUGUAUUGGAUAAGUACGAAUAUGAAGUUCUACGGCGUAAGGUGGUACUUCAAAAUCAGAUGUACAAAAAGGUGCAAAACUUCUAUUCACUCCAUAAUCCAUUAGCAUUUCGUGUAAACAUGGCACAUAAAAUUAAAAAAAUCAACUUAUCCUUGGUGAAUUUGAAGAAUGAGGCAGCUAGCAUUGGGUUAGUGUCCUUAGAUACUACUUCUCAUGAUAUUGAUGCAAGAGUUGACAGGGAAACCGACUCCAACUUUCAGAUAGAUGAAAACAACAUAAUUGGAAGGGGGGAGCUUCUGUCAGUUAUAGUUAAAACCUUGAUUGAUUCAAACAAUAACCUAGAAAAUACUCCUUCUGUGAUGGCAAUUGUAGGAUUAGCUGGAAUAGGGAAGACAACUUUGGCUAAAUCAGUUUAUCAUGACUGUCAGAUAGAUACACACUUUCACACAAAAAUAUGGAUAUGUGUAUCUAUCCCUUUUGAGGUGAAAGCGAUUCUAAGUGGGAUCUUGGAAUCUCUUAAACCAGAAAAGGCUGGAAUAAAAGGGAAGGAUGCAAUAUGUAAAAACCUGCAAGAAGAUUUGAAAGGGAAAAGAUAUCUUCUCAUACUAGAUGAUGUUUGGAAUGAUAAUCCUCAAAAAUGGGAUGAUUUGAUGAGUUGUUUGUUAAAAGUCAAUGAUACCCGAGGAAGUAAUAUUAUUGUCACAACCAGAAGUGACAGAGCUGCAAAAGUUGUUGAGACGCUUCCAAGAUGUGAUAUGAGAAAACUAUCGGACAAUGAAUGUUGGCUCAUAUUAAAGGAUAAAGCUGUUCCCUUUGGGAGUGCUCCCAUGUCUAAAGAGCAAGAGCUAACUGGAAGGAAGAUUGCUAAAAAAUGUGGAGGUGUACCAUUAGUUGCAAAGGUUUUGGGAAGUAUAAUGCGUUCUAAAAACAGUGAUGAAUGGUCGGCAAUUGAAGAAAGUACAUUAUGGGAGUUACCAGAAGAAGAAAAUAGGAUCUUUUCGGUUAUGAAGUUGAGUUUUGAUGAAUUGAAAUCACCAUCUUUGAAACAAUGCUUUGCAUAUUGCUCAGUGUUCAUGAAAGGUUUCAAAAUUGAAAAGAAUGAUUUGAUCCAACUUUGGAUGGCUCAGGGAUUGCUUCACCCUUCUCCCAAUCGAGAGAUGGAGGAUACAGGCAAUGCAUAUUUCAAUAUUCUAUUGGAGAACUCUUUCUUUCAAGAUGUUACCAAGGAUGAAUUCGGUGUUAUCACCCAUUGCAAGAUGCACGAUCUUGUGCAUGAUCUUGCUGAACAUGUAUCAAAAUCAAAGAGCAACUCCAAUGACAUUCGACAUGUGGGGCACAUUCAUACUUCAGUGCUGCAAAGUAUACCAAAAAGAAGUGUUCAGAAAUUGCACUCGUUUUUUCUGAAUCCUUAUUUCCAAGUUGUUCUUGAUAACAUCUUUCCCAGCUUUAGAUGUUUGCGUGUUUUGAACUUGUACAUGGUAAAUAUUCUGAAAUUGCCAAUUUCAAUUGGAGACUUGCUACACUUGAGGUACCUGGAAAUAUCUAGAACACAAAUCACAACACUCCCCAAGUCUAUUGGCAAGCUUUAUAACCUACAGACGCUGAGAAUGUACGGCCUGAAGCUUAUUAAAUUUCCAAAGGAAAUGAGAAAUUUAAUCAGCUUGAGACAUGUUAAGUUUGAUGCUCGGUUAUGUUUCAAUAAAUUUCCAGUUGGAAUUGGGCGACUCACGAAUCUCCAGUCAAUUCCAUUUUUCAUUGUGGGUCAAAAGGGAAGUCCUGGAAUUGAGGAGUUGGCCAGCUUAAAUCAAUUGAAAGGCAACUUGUCUAUUUAUCAUCUGGAACUUGUGAAAGAUGGAGAUGAAGCAAAGAAAGCAAAUUUAGUGGAAAAGACAAGGAUUCGAAAAUUAAGCUUUGAGUGGGCAAAGUACUGGCCGCCAGGAAACAAGCAUGAUGAAGAUGUCCUGGAGGGCCUUAAACCACCUCCUCAAUUGGAAUGCUUGGAGAUUAACAACUUUAUGGGUGAUAAUUUACCAUCAUGGAUUGAGACAAAUGCAUUGUUCCCUGCAUUGAAAACAUUGUCUAUUAUAGAAGCAAGUAAUCUUCUUCAAUGGAUGGAAGCUGAAGUGUUGCCAGCGUUUCCUUGCCUUGAGGAGCUGUCCUUGCUUCAUUGUCGCCAGUUGACAAUUGCUCCCAGUCACUUUCCAUCUCUACGGAGGUUGGUCAUAGAACACAUGGAUAGUUGCAAUCCAAUAGCAAGUAUUCUGAGCAAUAGGUUGACCACUCUUACUUCCCUGACAAUUAUGAAUGUGAAGGGACUUACUUCUCUGCCAGAUGGAACAUUAAGCAACAACAAGAAUCUUGCCUAUUUGGAGAUAAGAAGUUGCCAAGAUUUGACUUCUAUUGGUCCUGAUGUAUUAAUGGGUUGUUGCACAGCUCUUCGGUCACUGAACAUUUCAAAGUGUCCUAAUCUGAGGUAUUUACCGGAAGGGCUACACCCACAGUGUCUUAAGCAGUUAAUUAUAGACAAUUGCGAGAGUCUAGAGUUCAUUCCAAUUGCAGAAGGCCUUACAUCUCUCCAGGAACUGUCUAUUUUAGGCUGGUCCUAAGUUAUGUAGUCUACCUAUGGGGUUAGAAAGUUGCACCUCUCUUGAAAUGUUGGAAAUAGGGAGCUGCUCUAAAAUAACUUCCAUUCCAAUAGGUCAUGGCCUUCCACUCCUUCGCGGAUUAGAUAUUGUAGAUUGUCUUCAACUAUCAAGCCUACCGAGUUGGCUAGAGUACUGCACCUCUCUUCAGAAUUUGAGCAUAAGAAAUUGUGAUAAGCUAACCUCAAUUUCACUUCACAGUCUCCCAUCCCUCGGCAAGUUGUCUAUAAAGUAUUGUGAGAGUCUAGAGUCAGUUUCCACUGUACAGGGCUUCACAUCACUCCGUCAAUUCAUAAUUGAAGGUUGUGAGAGAUUGACUUGUUUGCUAAUCGGGCAAGAAGCUUUUCCGAAGCUGAAAUCACUCAACAUCUCUAUGUGUGGAAGCUUGAGGUAUUUAUCGGAUGGGUUACAAAGCCAUGUCUCUCUUGAAAAGUUGAUGAUAAGCUAUUGCCGUAAUCUGCAGACUAUUCCAAGUUUAAGUAAUCUCACCUCCCUUCAAAUGUUGAAUAUUUCCAAUUGUUCUGGAUUAACAAGUCUACCCGGUGGGGUAGCAUUAGAAAUAGCAUCCUCACCUACCAGCCUCACCUGUCUGAAGGAAUUGGAAAUUGGUGGAUUCAAAAAGGAUCUUGAGUCAUUCCUUGCUUUUGAAGUUACAUCACAACAGCUUGAUGUGCUAAGGUUGUGGGGGUGGCCUAAGCUCAAGUCUCUGCCUGAACAAAUUCAACACCUGACUCUUUUGAGAAAAUUGACUAUACAGUCCUUCGAACAAGUGGAGGCUUUUCCAGAAUGGUUUGGAAACCUUGCAUCUCUCGUGGUCCUACGUAUUCAGAAUUGCUCUAGUCUGAUGUAUCUACCAUCAGUUGGAUCGAUGCAACGCCUCACCAAAUUAAAACAGUUAGAAAUUUCCUCAUGUCCCAAAUUACAAGAAAGAUGCAGCAAGGCGAGUGGCCCAGAAUGGCCCAAGAUUUCCCAUAUUCCAAACAUUUAUUUUGAUGGGUACCUGUCAACGGUGGAAAAAGUUGAAGUUAUGGAUUGGUCCAGUUGUGGAAGAUGAAUUACUCUCAUUCUAUAUUGGGCUUUUAGGGCCUUUUGCUCAUCAACUGGAGGAACAAUUUAUGUGCCAUACACGCAAACAGAACCUAGCUUUGUAGAAGGAAAACCGCAAAAUGUAUUGGUUUCUGCGGAAGUGUUGAAUGGCACUCCAACAGCUUCAUUUGAAUUGUGAGGGGUGAGAUUUGCACUCUUUUUAAACACCAGAUGGGAAGUAGUAACCGAGGCAUUUUAAUUUAGUUGACAUGCACAGUCAUUGAUUCUGAACUGGAAGUGAAUGAAGCACACAGAUACUUGCGAGGACUCCUGGGGAGGCAUUCAGUUGUGGUGGUUUGAGCAAUCCUAACGGGUAUUAACCUUUUGGGUGGCAGGCGCGCACUGCAAUUGAUCAACUUGUUUGGAUAGCAUCUCCCACAUGUAGUUGGUUCCCUUUCAUCAGUGAGCAAGUUGAUAUGUCCUCCUGAACGGUGCUACGUGUAGAUGGGGGUGGAUAUAUAGGCCAUCCUUUUCCUUAACAUUUUGCAGAAAGACUGCAAGACAGGAUCUUUUGCCAUUUUUGGUAUCAGUGGUUUCAUUGACGAUACUGAAGAUUUGGCAAUCUAUUGUAAAGACUACAAACUACUAGGAACUUUGGCUUGUCAUAAUGUCUCAUGGAUGACACCUAAAUUAGAGUUUCAGUGGAUGAUACAGAAUGUGGUCGCCGUCAGAAAAGAACUGCCAAUUAAUGGCCUUAAAAUCUUAAUUUGCAGUUCCAGUGAUACCUAAGGCCAAAAUGCACCUUCACAUAC